CUCUAACAGCUACAAUCCAGACCAGUGAAAAUCUAGUGCUGGGCUGCCUGUACACUAAUGUCCCUAAGACUUGGAUGGACAUACUCCUACUGCGGGAGCAACAUCCCAUUUGAGUCUAUGGGACAUUAGUGAGCAGGUGUGGGGAUCCCAUUAUGAAACAUUUACUGGAUGGGUUGAAAACAGCACAAAAAGCCACAGCCAUCGGAGGAGGUAGGUAAUUAAAAGUGAGGGUAUAGGGAGGGGAGUUGGGAGCAAAUUUGUGAACGUGUACGCAACCAAAUAGUGAUCACCUUUCUCAACUUAGACCAGUACAAUCUUGGAUUCUGAGUGGGUGUUACGGGUUAUUGAUAUUUUUUUAAAUUUAAGAACUAUUUAGUGAAUGUAGUAGUGCAUGUUUCAGUUGAUAAUAUGGUAUGGGUGUUUUAUAUGCCAUCUGUAGAAGUUGUAAAUUAUUAAUGAAGCCUCGUGGUGAAAUAAACAUAUUUAUAAAUUGCUGUAGGAAAUUGCACAUUUUAAAAUAACUAUUAUUUAACUAUAUAGUGCAUUCAGAUAAUUUUUGUUGUGAGCUUAUGAAUAAAGAAAAGUGAGUUAGAAGUGUUUAAUAUACAUGCAACUUUGAUUUAAACAAUAGUCAGGAAAUAUAAGUUUGAACUGAAAGCUUUCUAAGAAUGUUAAAAAAAGUCUGUCAUUGUCCCCCCAAAUAUAUCAGCAGUACUCACCUUAGAAUUAUGUUGGUUUUUCUGCUGACUGAGUUUGUUGGGUAUUAUAGAGCUGACCACAUGUACUAUGCUUUGUUUUGCCUUUUUUUGUCUGGAGAGUGAAAGUUGAUUGGGGCCUAGAGAUAAAAGAGAAAUGUGCAGUCACAAGAGUUUUUUACAGCAAGGGUCAUGGGAGAGCAAUAACAGUGAACGAGGUCCAGUGAUAGCAAAUUGGCAAUGAGAGACAUGAAUUACUCCAGAUUUUCACCAAGAUAACAUUUUGCAAGAGAUGUCUUUAAAUUAUAUCAAGAACUUCUAUGAAGGAUGUGUGAGUAUCAAGAAAGGUAUUAGCAUUCUUAGAAAUGCGUAACGGUAAAGGUAUGAAUCAUUUCAACAGUGUCUGUCCAUUCUAACAAGUCCUUUGAUUAUAUCUGGAAAACUUGAUCUGUAUUAAGAUUAUUUUUUCAUAAUCAUUGUAGACACUCGGCGAUACUAACUAAUGUUUCUUAAAGGCUUCAGGCUUUCCUAAGAGGUAGUGAAAAUGUCAAAUAGCAGAGCUCCUGGAUAUUGGCCAUUGAAUUAAUGUCAACCUGUCAGGUUUUUGCUUGCAUCUAGUUAAGUAAUGUUGUGCUUGGUUUCUGCAUGUCAAAGCUUGCAGUACAAUUCCAAAAUCAUUGGAAAACACCCCCUCAGUUAUUUAUUUGCUAGCAUGUAUCAGGAAAAUUCUAUCAUUUGUAGAUUGGAUAACAAUGUGUGUACUGUUUUCCUGCUGACCUUUCUGUGAUAUAAUACAAUGAGCAAUGGAGGUCUCGAGAGCUGGGUUGGUUAGAAAAGCAUUCUGUUGUAUUUUUUUGUGAUGACAGUAUUGUCUUUUUGAGGCAGUUGUAUGCUGAAUGUAGUCUACGUGUGGGUCUUUUUAUGUCUGUGGCGUAAUUGCUCUGCAAAGAAGAAAACAGAAAUAAUAUGUGAUCAAUGAGGAAUGUAUGUAAGUUAUAUUCAUUUUAAUAAAUCUAACUGUAGCAAAUGAGUAUUUAGCAAAUAUUUCCUAACUGUAAAAUGAAAGCUCACAAGGUUUAUGUUUUUUUUUUAUUCUUCAAGCUCAGACCUCCAACGGUGAUUGGUCAGUUCCAUACCCUUUUCUUUGGUUCUGUGCGAAUGUUUUUCCUUGGUGUCCUGGGUUUUGCUGUUUACGGAAAUGAGGCCUUACAUUUCAGCUGUGAACCUGACAAAAGGGAGGUGAACCUCUUCUGUUAUAACCAGUUUCGACCGAUAACUCCUCAGGUAUUUUGGGCACUUCAGCUGGUGACAGUACUGGUUCCAGGAGCAGUUUUCCAUCUCUACGCAGCCUGCAAGAGUAUUGACCAAGAAGACAUUCUCCAGAAGCCUGUUUAUACAGUGUUCUACAUUAUUUCAGUACUGUUGAGAAUUACAUUGGAAGUAGUGGCCUUUUGGUUACAAUCUCAUCUUUUUGGCUUCCAAGUGAAUCCAAUUUUUAAAUGUGAUGCAGCAAGCCUAGAUAAAAAAUACAAUUUCACCAGGUGCAUGGUCCCUGAACACUUUGAAAAAACAAUCUUCCUCAUUGCUAUGUAUACUUUUACUGUGAUUACGAUAGUAUUAUGUGUAGCUGAAAUAUUUGAGAUUCUAUGCAGGCGUUUAGGAUUUCUAAACACUCAGUGACCUAUUGCCUUACCGACAACUUUUUUUUCUGGUGUGAAACUGACUAUUUCUAAAUACAUCUGCAAUUUUAUGCAGGUUAUACAGCUGUUAAAUGUGACAGGACUAAUGUGAAACACGUUACAGCAAUAGAGAAAUGUUUUUUUUAUGUAGUGAUUGACCAACUUACUGUAUAUAAUUGUAUUUGUGUAAAUAUCCUGGUACUAUCACUUUAUAAUGGAUACAUUUGCAGCUGAAAAUUAGGUGGGAAAAAACUAUAUUAGAAUUCUAAGCUAUAUUUUUAGGAGGAUGAUAAAGUAGUGAUUUUCCCAUAGUAGCUGGAAUAACAAAGGGUUAUUGCUGUGAUGAAAUUCUGUUUUUAUCUAUCAAAAGCAAAAGGUAAGUGUUCUCGGGACAGUAAAGCAAAAUUAAAAUUGCUUUAAUUUCAGCAAUAUUCAAAAAAAAAAUUAUGGUAGACAAAAAUGUGUGUUUCUUUCUAUUUUCAUGGUUAUUACCGUAUUUAUCGGCGUAUAACACGCACCCUAACUUUAAGAGGGAAGUUUCAGGAAAAAAACUGUCCACA